GGAACCGCAGGUCCAAAUUGCAGUCCAGUCGCAUUUGCGAACAAAACAUCUUGGGAAUAGAAUACGCGAUGACUAUCUAAGCCAGCGCAUCAGCUUCACUGUCGUUCGGUAUCCUGCCUCUCCCCAAGGGCUGUGUCAAUCAUCUGGUUUACCCCCUGGGCAGAUAUCACCUUGAAUCUUUUGUGACCGGGCCAAUUGGUCAACUGAAGAGCAGAGCAGAUGUAUUCACGAUAUAUCCCACCGCCAAAAGGCAAGGCCAAUGCUGCGCCCCCAGCACGAGAGCCAGGGCCAGAGCCAGAGCCUUCUUACGUCGAGUCGCUGCCAGCACAGUCGUCAGUACAGUCGGCGACAUCGCGGCCAGGGUCCUACAACCGCUACAUCCCAACAGCAAAACCUUCACCACAACCACAAAAACACUUGCACUUUGGAGAAGAAGCAGUCGAUAAUCUCGUCGCCGAACAACCUCCAGCAAAACGCACAAGAUUCGAGUCCACCACGGAUACUGUGUCGCAGAAAACAUCGGAAGGGGUCUCGACAAAAGGCAGCAAGAAAAAGAAGAGUUCAAAGAAGGACAAAAAGUCAAAGAGCCAAGACGAUGAACCUAUGGCCGAGCCUGAGCCUGAGCCUGUGAAAAACCCCGUGGCGGAAGACACUACUAUGGAAUCCGUAGAAGCCGCCGAUGCUGCUGAUCCCGACAAGAAGGAGAAAAGGACGAAAAAGAAGAGGAAGAACCAGGACCAAGCUCAGGCCAACGAGCAAGAUCUCGCUUCAGAUGAUGACCAAAUUCGCCGGCGGCACAAAUCGGUCUUUGAGAAGAAACAGAAGUCAAUGAAGGCCCCCGAACCCUCGACUACAGAGCAGGAUAACAGCACAGCUAACGACGAUGUUGCAAUGGAAGAUGCUCCUGAGCCAGUGGAAGCCCACGGGUUAGAACCUUUACCUCAACCUGCACCUGUCCCCGAAGAUACGUCAUUGCCGGACUUUGAGGCAUUACCGCCAUGGUUAGCAGCGCCCAUACGAGUUUCACGCCAAGCCACGGCGCAAUUCACUGAUUUUGGCCUUACUCCUGAACUUGGCAUCACUCCAGAGGUCGCAGGUCGGUUAGCACAGAAGGGGUACAAGGAAGGCUUUGCUAUACAAACGGCUGUUAUUCCUCAGCUCCUGCCUCAUUAUUGCAGAACAAUGCAAAGCGACAUCCUGGUGUCCGCUGCCACUGGUUCGGGAAAAACCCUCGCGUAUGCGAUUCCUGUCAUACGCGACCUCAGCCAAGGCAAUCGUCAGUUGACGAGACUGCGUGCGCUCAUAGUCCUACCAACAAGAGAACUGGUUCGCCAGGCGCAGAAGGUCUGCGAAGAGUGUGCUGGCAUCUUUGCGCUCGACGGCAAAAAGCGGAGGGUGAAAGUUGGCACCGCGACUGGUUACCAAACCAUACAGGAGGAGCGGAAAACCCUGCUGGAAAGAGAGGAUCGGCAUGACCCCGAAGCUUUUGGACAGAAGACAAAAAGGCUUGCAUCUGAGGCUUGGAGCCAUCAUGACGACAUCGACGAAGACGACGAAGAGUUGGCUCAGAUUCGCAAACGGGAAGACCAGAAAGAGACCCUUCCAGAUUAUGUUAUUGGCUACAAGUCGAAAGUCGAUAUACUCAUCUGCACUCCUGGCAGGCUUGUGGACCAUAUCAAGUAUACACCUGGCUUCAGCUUAGACCACGUUCGCUGGUUAAUUGCAGAUGAGGCAGACAAGCUCCUAGGCCAGGGCUUCCAGCAGUGGCUAGACGUUCUCAUGCCCCGGCUGCAUGAUGAUAACAAGCUGUCAACUCGUCACCACAAGCAAUCACACCUCACAGGUGUCAGGAAGGUUAUCUUGAGUGCGACAAUGACUCGAGAUCUUGAUCUUCUCGGUGGGCUCAAGCUCCGACGACCAAAGCUGAUUGUGCUCGAAGGGUCAGGAGCGGCUGUCGAUUACGCGUUGCCUGAAUUACUGCAAGAAUCCGCUCUCAAGGCUGAUGCUAACCUCAAACCACUCUUCUUGCUCGAUUUGCUCCAGAGCUCCCACCUAUGCAAAAACAGUGACAGAACAGAUACCGUCGAUGACGAUGACACAUCCUCCUCAGGUUCAGAUUCAUCCACUGACUCAGACUCGGACUCAGACUCGGACUCGAACUCUUCAGAUCCUUCAGACUCUUCAGACUCCGAGUCAGACUCGGAUACCGAACCGCGUAGAGUCAAGGCAAGAAUGGUAUCUACGAGACCCGAUGUCAAGCCUCCACUACCUAGAAGCACUCUCAUCUUUACGAAAUCGAACCAAGCGGCAUUGCGUUUGUCCCGCCUCCUGGCAAUCCUGUCACCCAAGCUUGGCGAAGUUAUUGGGUUGCUUACAUCGGAGACUGCCUACUCGACCAGAAACAAGACGCUUCAAGCCUUUGCUUCGGGCAAGCUUCGAAUCAUUGUUGCUUCUGAUCUGGUUGCGCGUGGUAUCGAUUUCGAGCACCUCGAAAAUGUCAUCAAUUACGAUAUGCCGUCCAGCAUUGCCUCAUACGUCCAUCGUGUUGGACGCACGGCGCGUGCUGGUAGGAGUGGACAUGCUUGGACGUUGUUUACAGAUGCAGAAGCCCGCUGGUUCUGGAGGGAGGUUGCUGGCGACAAGACGAUCCAAAGAAGCAGCAGGGUUGAGAGGAUCAGGGUAACAGAAGAGAAGGAGGCUGCUUAUGAAGUCAAGAAGGAGAAGUAUGAGGCAGCAUUACAAGCCCUGGGUGAUGAGGUCUAUGAGAAGAGAAGAGGCCGAUAAGUGAUUGGUUGGAAUCGGUGCGUUGGAUGUUGUCAAAAUGUAUAGAGCGUAAUGUCGGAAAUGCUCAUGAUGCUCCUUUGAUUGUCAGGACAAGGAGCCCUGACUUCAGGGGUUCCUUGGAAUGUGCUUUGUUUUGUACAGAACCUUUUGUCAUAGAAAUGGAAGCCGAGGGAUGAUCAUUCUUGCAAAAUUGCAAAGUGUGAUUUCGAUCUGAUUCUCACGGGCUGUGCAGUGAGUGAUGCAUGCAC